GUGGGUCUCUCUACCUACAUCCUCGGCGCCCGGCCGAUCCGUCGUUGGUUGGGUUAAACUAUUAGGGCGUGACGGGUUGAACUAUUUGGCCGCGAGUUUUUCUAUUUGGGUGGCAAGUUUUUCUAUUAGAUGGGCAGAGGGCGGCUCAACUGUUUGGGUUAUUUCUUUCUUUUUUUCUUUUCUAGUUUUUCUAUCUCCUUUGGUGUUUUUCUAUCUGAUACCCAAUUUUUUCUAUCUUCUCCUUUUUCUAUCCCUCUGAUAGAAAAACUUACUAUUUACCUCCCUCAAAAAACCUAGAAGCCUAUCGAUAUGCGGCAGGAUUACUCCUGUGGUAGUUUUUCAUAAUAUUGAUGCGCUUUGGAAUUGGAUCCAGGUCCACUACUGAUUUUCAUAUUAUUUAGAAAUAGUUUUUGGAAUUGGAUCCAGGCCCACUACUUAGAUAACAGCACAAGGCAUUUUAGUGUUCUGGAUCCUUGCUAUGUUCUGGAGCAUAAUCCUUAUUUUGAACUCUUCUUGCUAUUGAACAACUCUUUUAGAAGAUCUUAUAUAUAACUUUAGUGACACCAGAGGAGAAAACCAGCGGAAGCUCCGUCCUCCUCUGAUGUCGUGUACCUCUUGCGCAGGAUCGUUUUUAUGUUUCCCACGUGGGUGCUUCUUGUUCUCCUUCCUCUCAACUACACCUGAACGAAGCGCAGCACACGAUUAAUAAUUUCAUGAUAGUCCUCGGGCAAAAACACUGUUCUUAGAAAUCACGAACGUGUCUUCAUAUCCGGACUCUUGAUGGGAACAAGUAGGUAUAACGCGUCAGAAUGUAGAAAUAUGAG